AUGGCCGCUGCUGCUGUCGCCGUCCCCUACGUCCGGACCGACGGUCACGCCCUGGAGCAGACCACCGACUUUGUCGAGGAGGUCAACAUUCUCAAGGACCAGGUCAACAAGCAGCAGCAGCAGGAAGACUUCUACGGGGAGUCCAAGUUCGACCAGGAGAAGGACAAGACCGCCUUCCGCCAGUACGAGGACGCCUGCGACCGCGUCAAGAGCUUCUACAAGGAGCAGCACGAGAAGCAGACGGUCGAGUACAACCUCUCGGCGCGCGAAAAGUUCGCCAUCGACGUCACCGGCCAGAAGGCGUGCCGCGACGAGAUGACCAUCUGGGAGGCCAUGGAGAAGCUCAACACGCUCAUCGACAACUCGGACCCCGACACUGAGCUUUCCCAGAUCCAGCAUCUGCUCCAGACCGCCGAGGCCAUGCGCCGCGACGGCAAGCCCCGCUGGAUGCAGCUCACCGGCCUCGUCCACGACCUCGGCAAGCUCCUCUACUUCUACGGCGCCGAGGGCCAGUGGGACGUCGUCGGCGACACCUUCCCCGUCGGCUGCGCCUUCGACCCCCGCAUCGUCCUGCCUUCCACCUUCGAGGCCAACCCGGACAACAACCACCCAGUCUACAGCACCAAGCACGGCAUCUACGAGCCCGGCUGCGGCAUCGAGAACCUCAUGAUCUCCUGGGGCCACGACGAGUACAUGUACACCGUCUGCAAGGAGCAGUCCACCCUGCCCCGCGAGGCCCUCGCCAUGAUCCGCUACCACUCCUUCUACCCCUGGCACCGCGAGGGCGCCUACCGCGAGUUCAUGAAGGAGGGCGACGAGGACCUUCUCAAGGCCGUCCUGGCCUUCAACCCCUACGACCUGUACAGCAAGUCCGACGAUGCCCCUACCGUCGAGGAGCUCAAGCCCUACUACAUGGAGCUCAUUGACGAGUACUUCCCCAAUAAGGUCAUCAAGUGGUAG